AUGCGACCAUUCUCCAUUCUCGCUGGGCUGGCACUGCCAGCUCUUUCCAUUGCUACCCAUGCCCCAUCAACCCUCGAUGAGGACAGCUCAACGCAGCUCCCGUUGGUGAUCUGGCACGGACUCGGCGACGACUUCGAGCGCGACGGGCUCCAAGAGAUAGCAGCACUAGCAGCGAAAGUCAACCCAGGCACAUACGUGCACCUCGUACGACUAGCAGACACAGGCAGCGGGGACCGACAAGCAACAUUCAUAGGCAACGUGACGGAGCAGGUAGCGGCGGUGUGCUCGCAGCUAGCAGCGGACCCGAUCCUGCGAACGGCGCCGGCCGUCAACGCACUGGGGUUCUCGCAGGGCGGCCAGUUUCUGCGCGGAUACGUGGAGCGGUGCAAUGUGCCGCCGGUGCACAACCUCGUCACCUUCGGCAGCCAGCACAACGGUAUCGCUGAGUUCCAGGACUGCGGCGUAGGCGACUGGAUCUGCAAUGGUGCCGAGGCGCUGCUGCGCGCGGGCCGCUGGACAGAUUUCGUGCAGUCGCAUCUUGUUCCUGCGCAGUACUUCCGGGACCCCGUUGAGCUGGACGCCUACUUGGAGCAUAGCAACUUCCUUGCCGAUAUCAAUAAUGAGCGCUCUACUAAGAACACUUCCUACAAACGCCACUUGGCGGCGCUUAACCGCUUCGCUAUGUUCAUGUUUGAUGAGGAUACUGUCUCUGUCCCCAAGGAGAGCUCUUGGUUCGCGGAGGUCAAUGUCACCGAUGGUUCUGUCAUACCGCUGCAGCAGAGACCCCUCUACACCGAGGACUGGCUCGGGCUCAAGCAACUCGAUGAGCAGGGCAAAUUGGACUUUAAGACUAUUCCGGGUCAGCAUAUGCACCUCUCGGAUAAGGUGCUGGCCGACGCCUUCAAGGAGUACUUUGGUGCCAUCAAAGACUCGCUGCCCUCGUCACCAGGCCUUGUCGUACAACAGGCGUCCUAG